GUUUGGCAUCAGAAAAAAAUUAAAGUGACACGUCCACCCACCCUGUCAAACUUCCACGGUUUCACGGAUACUGCAUGACAAAUUUUCAUGUUUUAACUAUUAAAAAUGCCGUUGCGCUUGGAUAUCAAGAGGAAGCUGACGGCGAGGUCUGAUCGCGUCAAGUGCGUGGACCAGCAUCCGACGGAACCCUGGUUGCUGUGCUCGCUAUACAGCGGCGACGUCAACAUAUGGAACUAUGAAACUCACACGCAAAUCAAAAGAUUCGAGGUAUGCGACCUACCAGUGCGAGCCGCAAAGUUCGUGCCCAGGAAGAACUGGGUAAUCACAGGCUCCGAUGACAUGCAGAUACGUGUGUUCAACUACAACACACUGGAGCGCGUGCAUGCGUUCGAAGCACACUCAGACUAUGUCAGGUGUAUCGUCAUACAUCCCACACAGCCGUAUAUUCUGACUAGCAGUGACGACCUGUUAAUCAAGCUGUGGAAUUGGGAUCGCAACUGGGCCUGCCAGCAAGUGUUCGAGGGACACACACACUAUGUGAUGCAGAUUGUGGUCAACCCAAAGGACAACAACACGUUCGCAAGCGCCAGUCUCGAUACUACAGUGAAGGUAUGGCAACUGGGUGCGUCCGUAUCAAACUUCACACUAGAAGGGCACGAGAAGGGUGUGAACUGCGUGGACUACUACCACGGUGGUGAUAAGCCGUACCUGAUUAGUGGCGCUGAUGACCGCCUCGUCAAGAUAUGGGACUACCAGAAUAAGACCUGCGUACAGACUUUGGAAGGUCACGCACAAAACGUGUCAGCGGUCUCCUUCCACCCGGAGCUGCCAAUCCUGCUCACGGGCUCAGAGGAUGGCACGGUGCGCAUUUGGCACGCGGGCACGUACCGGCUCGAGUUCUCACUCAACUAUGGCUUUGAGAGAGUGUGGACUAUAUCCUCACUGCACGGAUCGAAUAAUGUGGCUAUUGGUUAUGACGAGGGAACCAUCAUGAUCAAAGUGGGCAGGGAGGAGCCGGCGAUCUCUAUGGACGUCAACGGUGGAAAGAUCAUUUGGGCUAAACAUUCUGAGAUGCAACAAGUCAACCUGAAAGCCCUGCCAGAAGGCACAGAAAUAAAGGACGGCGAGCGAGUACCAGUAGUAGCAAAGGACAUGGGCUCCUGCGAGAUAUACCCGCAAACAAUCGCGCACAAUCCCAACGGAAGAUUCGUAGUCGUGUGUGGAGAUGGAGAAUACAUUAUAUACACGGCUAUGGCGCUAAGGAACAAGGCGUUCGGCACUGCGCAGGAGUUUGUAUGGGCGCUAGAUAGCUCAGAGUACGCGACGCUAGAGAAUUCCAGUACGAUACGCGUGUUCAAGAACUUUAAAGAAAGGAAGAGUUUUAAACCCGAGUAUGGCGCGCAAGGUAUAUUCGGUGGUUUCAUGCUGGGCGUAAAGUCGAUCAGCGGCAUGGCAUUCUCAUUCUACGAUUGGGAGCGUCUCGAACUUAUUAGAAGGAUAGAGAUCCAGCCGCGCCACGUGUACUGGUCAGAGAACGGCAACCUUGUGUGCCUCGCGACCGACGAGUCGUACUACAUACUGAGCUACAACGCAGCGGUCGUCAACCUUGCGAGGGAGACCAACAGUAAUAUUACGGAGGACGGGGUUGAGGACGCUUUUGAUGUGGUAGGAGAAGUGAAUGAAAUAGUCAAGACCGGUCUGUGGGUCGGCGACUGUUUCAUCUACACGAACUCUUUGAACAGGAUAAACUACUAUGUGGGUGGUGAGAUCGUCACCAUAUCCCAUCUCGAUCACACCAUGUAUAUACUGGGAUACGUGUCGAAGGAGAAUAGGUUAUACCUAAACGACAAGGAGCUGAACAUUGUGUCAUAUUCACUCCUCCUCCCCGUGCUGGUAUAUCAAACGGCAGUGAUGCGACGUGACUUUGAAACCGCGGACCGCAUCUUGCCUACUAUACCGCAGGACCAUCGUACUCGUGUAGCACACUUUUUGGAGAAACAGGGCUUCAAGCAGCAAGCCUUAGCAGUAUCCACGGAACCGGAGCACAAAUUCGAGCUAGCGUUGUCUCUGGGCGAAUUGCAGCGAGCGAAACAGCUUGCUGAGGAAGCUGCCAUUAGUGAGGGAGCUCCCUCGGGCACUUCUGCUGCGAGGUGGUCUCGCCUCGGCGCUGCUGCAGCUGCGGCCGCUGACACCGAGCUGACGAAGACCUGCUACCAGAACGCCAAGGACUACAGCGCACUGCUCUUGUUCGCUGUUAGCACAGGUGACAAAGCGCUGCUAGAAGAUGUAGCCCGCAUGUCCGCUGAAGAGGGUGAAGACAACAUCGCGUUUGUAGCUCACUUCACGCUGAACGAGCUAGACGAGUGUCUGCAGCUGCUCAUCAAGCGAAACAAGCUGCCCGAAGCCGCUUUCUUUGCCAGAUCAUACAUUCCAUCAAAAGUGAACGAAGUAGUGUUGCUGUGGCGCGAGUCGGUGAGCGCUACUAACAAGAAGUCGGGACAGUCGCUCGCUGACCCGAUCAACUAUGAGAAUCUGUUCCCGGAGUAUAUGGAAUCCCUGGAACUGGAGCGGUUCCAGCAGCAGAUCGGCUUCACCCACCACGCGCAACUGCAACACCUGCCGGAGAACUGCAAGCAGAGCAACAUUGAGCGGGAUCUAGCGGCCGAGAUGCAGCAGCUGCAGGAACGGGGAUUGUAUAAGCCCGUGCCCCUCGUGGAUAUCCAAUCAGCAGACGCGGAUGGCAGCACAGACCCGGCUGAGCCGAAAGUGAUGAAUCAAAAGCGCAAAGAGUCGUUCGACAUCAUGGAGGAGAUUGAGCGGGAGAUAGACGACAUCGUGCUGGACGAUGUGGGCGAUGAACCGGAUAAUUUGGACUUAUCGGACGAUGCGGACUUAAUUGAAUAAACUAUACCUAGUUAAUGUAGAAUUUUUAUUUUAUAUAAAUAUUAUUACGAUCAUAAAGUGUGUAUUUCCUAAAGUGCUAAUACAAUUAAGAUUAUUAUAGUAUUAUACACAUUUACAUUUUGUUUUUUCUCAAAGUUUUAUAAACAAGUUUAAUUUGA